AGUUUUUGUUUUAUAAAUCAUUUUCGAUUCGUUUGCUUGACGUUCAUGGACGUGUUUCCGCACACAGCAUUUGAAUUGGUUUCGCAAUAGAAAAAUUUGCGUGUUUUCUAUCUGGAUGCAACAAUAAAUUGUCAGUGUCUCCCUUUAUACUUUUGCAAUACAAAAUUCUCAGUGGAUGAUCAACAAAAGCAGAACAUAGACUUCAGUUUGGCAGCUCUUCAAGUAAAAUAGCAAACAUAACCAUGUUGUUAAAAGUACCAUCUGUUGACUGGACGGAUCAAAUAGUUUACGUGGUGGACGACGACGAAUCACUGUCUGACUUUGACGAUGAGCCAGAUUUCUCAGAAUAUAUGUGGAUGGAGAACGAAGAGGAAUUCGACAAGAACGAAUUGCAACGUCUGGAAGAGGAAGAAAUUAUGCAAGAGUGUUUCGAGGCCAUGAUCGAGGAUGAACUCGAGGAACAAAUAAACGAAUGGGAAAAAGCCAAAACGGAAGAACAAAAUACGGCCCUAUCUGCGCUACCAAAGAGUCAAUGUAACAUUGAGAAAUCUGUGCUAAAUCCCAUGGCUGACGAAUUCGUACCACUCUGCCAUCAAAUGGAUUUUAUAGCCUCGUAA